ACGGGUGGAGUAACUAGUUUAAUAUGAAAAGAAAAAUUAGGGUGCAGCAUCUCAAUAUCAAAAGAACUCCCCGCCCUAUCUUCCCCCCUUUCUAUCCCCAGCACCCUUGUUCUGCAUAAAGGAAUACUUUUAGUUCCAAUUUGAUCACACCAUCAUUCUCUUGUCACCAUGUUAUAGUUGGCAAUCAAGAUAUGUCAUCAGAUACUGCAAAAGAAAAUGCAUCUGUAGUUGAUUCAUCCGUGACUGAAGGGAGAAAUGAUAAAUGGAAAAUGGAUAAUCCAGCCUACCCAAACUAUAGAGAGAAGGAUGACCACUAUCGUUCUGAUUCUGAAGCAGAUUACCAUGCAAACUCAUGUGAGCAGAUUGGUAUUUCAGCUGAAGAUGGAAAUAGAAGGCGGAGGUUGUAUAGUACGCGCUACUUCAUCAUCAAGAGCCUGACCCAUGAAAAUCUUCAAUUAUCUGUUAAUAAAGGUAUUUGGGCAACACAAGUUAUGAAUGAGCCUAUUCUGGAGGAAGCCUUUCAUAAUUCACGGAAGGUCAUUCUAAUAUUCAGUGUCAACAUGAGUGGUUUCUUCCAAGGCUAUGCACAAAUGAUGUCAUCGGUUGGGCAGAUACGUGAUCGAGUAUGGGGCCAAGGAAGUGAUGGGCGUAAUCCUUGGGGUCGAACCUUUAAUGUUAAAUGGUUGCGGUUGCAUGAUUUGCCUUUUCAAAAGACUCUUCAUCUGAAAAACCCCUGGAAUCAGUACAAACCUGUUAAAAUUAGUAGAGAUUGUCAGGAGUUGCAUCCAGAUGUCGGUAAAGCUCUGUGUGAACUCCUUGAUGGAAAAGAUGUGUCUGAUGUUAAUAUAAAAGUGGAAAAUUUUUAUUGGGGUGACCACUCAGUUAAAAGGCCACAUGUAGAGCAUUCAGUGCAUUCAAGAGACGGAGUUUGUAAUAUGCCACUGAUGCAUAUGGGCCCAAUGAUUUAUUCUUCUUUAACUUACCAGCAUCACACGAGUAUGUUUCAUACAGAGCAUCAUGAUUCAGACAGUGAAAGUCCUCUUGCUAGUAUUCUUACUACUCUCACUGAUGAUGAUAUUAUUGACAUGACAUAUGAAGAGUACCUUGAAGCCCAUAGCAAAGGGUCUGGGAACAAAAGAGUACGGAAUCAUGUUUCAGGGCAAACAGGGAGUACACAACAGUCAUCCAUCAGCAAAGAAAACUGUGAUGAGUUUUCAUAUCUAUUGGGACAGGAUCGACUGGUUUCGGUCUACAUUUUUUUAAUUGGCUGAAAUGCAAAGGCCACAUCAGUGGCGCUCCAUGGCUAUAUUGCCAUUUGGAGACUUGGACAACAGCGUAGGAAAUUUCGCAAAUGGCCAAUUCACUGGUGCUCUAGUGCAAGCUUAAUAAGUUUUUGUUAUUGAAUGUAAAAUGUAGUAUAUGUAAAUUAAAUGUUUGUAUAGUUGUCUAUUUAUAACUUUAUAAAUUGUUUGUAACUUUUAAGUAUUCAUAUAGAAUUAUACGUUGCACAUUUGUAAAUGGUAAAGUUGUUCUGUGACAUUGUUUUAAAAGUUCAAUUCAAUAAAAUAAUAUUUUACCGUUCU